GCCGAUAAGUUAACUUCCUGUGUGUCACUUCCUUGUUUAGUUUUUUAUUUCACAUUCCUUGGUCUAAUAGUUGUUAGCUAAUACUAGCUACCUAGCAAAAAUGCCAGGGCGUUGUUCAGCUUUCAACUGCAGGAAUACCUUUAAAAAUGUUAAACAUAAAACAAACAAGGUUACAUUUCACAGCUUUCCAAAGCGUGAUCCUAAACGAAUAAAAGAGUGGGUGGGUCAGAUGAAAUGGAAAGACUGGCAGCCAACCCCUCAUUCCUUACUGUGCUCAGAGCAUUUUGAGGAGAGAUGCAUGGAUAGAACUGGGCAGACAGUGCGUUUACGUGAUGAUGCAAUACCAACUAUCUUUGCUUUUCCUAGUCACCUGCAAAAAAAGGUAUUUGGUAAAUUGAGGCAGUUUCAGAAAACAGCCGGAAGGAGGAAAAGAGUAACCUCGUUUCCAGAGGAUCCUGUUCCUGAGGAGUGGACACAACGGGAGAAGUCUCCACCCACCUACUUAAACCACAGUAUAUGGCACCCAAGUCGUUUCCAUGACGACUACUGCGUUCCACAGAGUAUUGACUGGGCUGUAAAAGACAUGCCUAAAGAAAUCCCAUCUGCAACUUUAGAAAAGCAAGGUCUGAUCUUUAUCCCCAAGCACGCAAUCAAGAUCAAGGAGAAAUGGCAAUGGCUGACAAUGGAUGUGAAGGGACCAUUUCCAGAGACCAAAAGUAGACACAAGUUUGUACUAAUUAUAAUGGACUACUACUCUAAAUGGAUGGAAGCCUACCCCAUGAAGACCAACAACAGUAAAGAGAUUGCCAAAAUCAUCUCUGACCUCAUCUCUCGCUUUGGCUUCCCUGUUGGAAUCCUGUCUUGUUUGACUCGAGCACACAUUUUAGAGAUCAACUCGGCUUUGGGUGAUCUGAAGAAACUGACAGGCCAACUCAUAUUCUACCGUCCUCUGGGAGUGUCAUUGGAUCCAGUAACAAAGUCCCUCGUAGACCGGUUGGUGUCAGAUUUGGUGAAAGAGCAUCCUGAUCGUUGGGAUGUUUACCUGGCUGCCAGUGUGUUCAGCUUCUGCUGCAAAGAGCACCCCACCACUAGACAAAUACCUCUGUCUCUGCUGCGCUGUGGAGGGACUCAGUCUGUCUCCACCUCACCAAGAAAGCUGCCUGACAAUGGGAUAAAAGGAAGGACCUUUGUCAUACUAGAUGCCCAGCCACCUCAAAGGGAAGUCCGUGUGGAGUGCAAUCAGUGCAGUCAAUGGAGCACGGUCACUCAGGACUCUGAGCUGAAGAGAUAUGAGGAGAUGAAACUUGGGGAUGAGGACUACACCCACACCUGUGUGAGCUGCAGGGUGGCCAUGAGCUGCAGGGUGGCCCUGGAGGUCAUGAGGGGUUAGCAGACAAGGACAUGAACAACUGGAUGGAAAUGAGAGAGCUUUUCAAACAAGGACUGAAAAGAUGGAGGAUAUAAUAAGGACGUUGGAAACAAAGUGGUGGUGAAGGAAGAGAUUGAUGUGGGGUGAAAAAAGGUUCCUAGGGGAAGAAGUUUGAACAAUAGGAGUUUAUAAUGUGUAUAUACUUAUAAGUUUCUCCGUCAUUAAACGUUUUUGGAAUUAAAUAAAAACAGAGUGUUGUUUUCAAGUUGUGUGUGCUCAAACAGUGGAUUGUUGUUUUAAUAAAUCAUUUGGGCAGACGUCUA